AUUAUCAGCAAGCUCUUAGCCCCAGCACCAUGGUUCACUUCACAGCAGAGGAAAAGGCUGCCAUUGAACACUCAUGGAAACUGGUGAAUGUGGAAGAUGUGGGAGGAGAAGCCCUUGGAAGGCUGCUGCUCGUCUAUCCUUGGACCCAGAGAUUCUUUGAUAACUUUGGGAACCUGUCAUCUGCCUCUGCCAUCAUGGGGAACCCCAAGGUGAAGGCGCAUGGCAAGAAGGUGUUGAGCGCCUUUGGAGAAGCUGUGAAGAACAUGGAUGAUCUCAAAACCGCUUUCGCACACCUGAGUGAGCUGCACUGUGACAAGAUGCAUGUGGAUCCUGAGAACUUCAAGCUCCUGGGAAAUGUGCUGGUAAUUGUUUUGGCAAAGUAUUUUGGCAAGGAAUUCACUCCCGAGGUGCAGCUUGCCUGGCAGAAGUUGGUGGCUGGAGUGGCCAUUGCCUUGGCCCACAAGUAUCACUGAACCCCUCUGCCUUUAGGGCAGACUUUCCCCUUCAAAUAAUAAUGAAAAUAAUAAAACUAUUCUAC